CCCAUUGAUCACUAAAAAUAGUAAUCAAGUGACUAAAAUUUAAAAUAUUUUCAAAAUUUACAUUAAAAAAAUAAUAAGAAAAAUUUUUAAAAACAUAUUUUUAAGUGGUGCGAUUCUGGAAAUAUAGAAAAAUGAAAUAUGGACCAGCAAAUAGUGAUUCAUUUCACUGAAAUGAUCCGGCUGAAGCAGACGGUAUCCGUUAACGCAUUCGACGAGUGCCACUCGAGACAAUGGCAUCGUUGACUUUUCUACGAGGGGCGCAAAGAGAACCAUAAACAUUCCAACGGAAAAUUUCAAACAUUAUUUCGCAGGUUCUGCCUUAUUUACAUCAAUAUGCUCUUCAGGAUAUCGCACUUUCUCGUGCUCGUAAUGCUACGGUUGUCGCGGGCGCUGACUGGUGAUUAUGUGUGCCAAAGAGUGGAAAAUUACACGGAGACGUCACAGGAAAUUUUCAUGCAACCUGUAGAGGUCCACACAUUCACCUGGUGUUUUCAAAUCCCACCAAGGUGUCCAAAAACCAGAAAAGAAAUGCACCCACGAUACAGGACAAAAACGGAGGUCAAACAAAGGAUUGUGAAUGAAUGCUGCGAAGGUUACACAAUAGAAGAGGUUCACGGUGAAGCUGGCACAGAGGCGAAAUGUGUGCCAUUCUGUGAAAAGUGUGUCGAAGGCGAGUGCACUUCACCAAACAAUUGUCUAUGCAAGCCUGGCUAUCAAGGGGUUGACUGUUCGUACGAAUGUCAGCCAGAAACAUGGGGAAAGUAUUGUGUGCACGAAUGCAAUUGCACUCGCGAAAGUGCGUGUAAUCCUGUAAAUGGCAGAUGCGAGUGUCCACCUGGAUGGCAAGGGAUUAGAUGUGAAGAGAAGUGCCCUCCUGGUCGAUGGGGCCUCUACUGUGGUUUCACAUGCUCUUGUAGCGAUCAGCUCUCAGGCUGCCAUCACGAAACCGGAGAGUGCUUUGACCUUGAAGUAUCGUUCGAUCCAGUACCAACUGUUAAAGAUUGGACACUUAGUGAACUCACCCCUUCUUCCGGUGCAACAACCGACAUUUCCUCCCCUCUCUAUUCUGAACAGGAAAACAAUACUGACUUUAUUGACGUAACAAACCCAGAUGACUUUGAUGAUUCCAAUCUGGAUGAUUUGCAAAUCAUCAGGAUUUCUAGGACCACAGAGGAAACAGAAAAUGAUUCACUUAAGGCUUCUUUGAAAAGUAGCGAAACCCAAGCCACGAUGCACAUACAAUCAUCAACAAAGAAGUACUCUUAUGAAGAAACUCGAUCUCGAGGAUCAACUACCUACCAAACUCUUCAGGUUCCAGUUUCAACUGAAAUUAUGCCAAGGAAAAAUCCAAUAUCAACAACCAAUACUGGCCAAGUACACAUUUUUGAAGAUCAAACUGGAAACCAGAACUUUGAUUCUGGAAAACCUGGUUUUGGAUCCACUGAUGAAUUUGGGAUUGAUCCUCAAGUUGUGAUGUCUCCUAAAACGGAUUAUGUUAAAAACGUUCGAAGAGAAAGUUCUACAUCAGUGUCUCCCUUGCCAAUGGAUAUUGCAGCGCUGGUCGUGAUUGGUUCGAUAAUUUCGUUAGGCCUGACAUCGGUAGCUGCCCUUAUGAUUUUCCACAUGCGUGCCAAAUUAUUCGAAGCUGUUCGCUCAUCGAUUUUCAAUGAUGAAAAAGUAAAUUGCUCUGCAAUAGAAAAGGGAAAUGUCGAGAGAAUUUCGACCAUACAUGGCAACACACUUGCUCGUACCUUGACCAGAACUAAUCCUCCAUGCAGUGCGGUUCCGGAACCGAAAGCAAUCUUGACCUUAGACGAAACAGGAAAUGAAUAUGCAAAUGGGGGGAUCACUAUUGGGAUUCGACUCUCGAGCAAUCUCAGAGAACUUUUGGAGAGUCAGUACGAUAGGCCAGCAUCAUUCUGCCAUCGAGGCGCCCCUCAAACGGAAAUGGAACAUGUAUAUGACGAAAUUCCCCUUUCGUCUCCUUUCUGUAUCACCAAAAAUACGUAAUUGUACUGAGUAACUAGAUAAAUCAAAUAAUUCACUCAACAAGUAUUAUUCUGGGGAAAUACAAAUAGAAUACUGUCGUACUAAGAAAAAACUGACGUAGCUUACUUUUGGGGUUAUGUCUUCUUUUCGUAUAACUGGCAAUGGUAAAGUCGACCUAAAGAACAAUGUCACGUUCGUUUUUCCUUUGUCAAAAAGGUAGAAUAGUAAAUAAGAAACCUCAUCGUUUAUGUCUCAAAACUUUAAAUUUAAGUAGAUAGGGAAAACCGGUACGAGUGUGAACAAAGUUUCAAAGUCAUAAUAUUGAUAAAUUGUGAAUAAGUAAGGAGAAUACUCCUCUGACAAUAAGCCGGGACAGUAAUAUUACACUGUCCUUUGUUUAGUGAAAGGAGCUGCAGGGUUGUGCAAAGCUCACUCAGGCUGCAGACAUGUAGCGAACAAGCACGAUGGCGAGCUCGCGCCGACCAGCAGUGGGUACAAUGGGUGCAACACUUUAACCUU